AAUGAACACAGAGCUAAGGAGUACCAACAAGUCCAGUCCGUCCAUGCUAAUUUGCCAAUUCUGACUACAGUCACUUGUAAAAAGAAGUCAACAAUGGCCGAGUGGAACGCAUACUUCCGGGAUGAGGAUGAGGAUGAAGGACAGGAAGAAGGAGAGCAACCAGAAGGAGAAUACAAGGUCUUAGGGAGAGACAGCUUAGUUUUCUUGGUGGAUGCCUCAAAGGAAAUGUUCAUCAAAGGAGAAGAUGGGGAGCUGUCUAAUUUUGACAUGACCAUGCAAGUUGUGCGUAGUGUGUACACCAGAAAGAUCAUCAACAGUCCACGAGACCUUAUAGCGUUGGUCUUCUACAGCACCAAACAGAGCAAAGACCCCACCAACUCUUUCAAGCAUGUCUAUGUCUACCACAGCCUCAGCGAACCUGGUGCAAAGCGAGUGCAGGAAGUGGAUGCACUCCGGGGGGAAAAAGGCGCCCAGCUCGCAGCAGAGACCAUGGGCAGUGGUGAUACAUCGUUGCCCGACGCCCUGUGGUGCUGUGCCAAUCUGUACCGGGACUGCAAGCUACGCCUCGGCCACAAACGCCUCCUGAUCUUUACAUGCAGAGAUGGACCGCACGGCGGCGACGGCACCAAAGAUCGACAGGCUCGCACUCAAGCCAGUGAUCUCAAAGAAACCGGCGUCUUCAUAGAUUUAAUGCACUUGAUGAAACCGGGCGGCUUCGACAUCUCACUCUUUUUUCGCGACAUUAUAAGUCCACCGGAGGAUGCCAGUGAUUUAGGGCUCCAGUUGGAACCUUGUGCAAAGCUUGAAGACCUCCAGAAGAGAGUACGAGCCAAGGAGAGGAAGAAGAGAACGAUAGCCAGGCUCAAUCUGCGUCUCGGCGAGGGCAUGAAUGUAGCCGUGGGAAUGUAUUCCACUGCUGUGACUGUUCGGAAAGCAGCUCCUAUCAAGCUGUACAGGGAAAGCAAUGAGCCGGUCCGCAGCAAAACACGCACCUUCCAUACACAAACAGGAAGCCUGCUACUGCCCAGCGAGAUAAAGAAAGCACAGGUGUAUGGUAAAAAGCAGAUAGUGAUGGAGAAGGAUGAGGUGGACGCCAUCAAGAAGUUUGACGACCCCGGUUUGUUCCUGAUCGGAUUCAAACCGAUGGAAAGGCUGAAACUGCACCACCAUAUUCGACCAUCCGUCUUCCUGUAUCCUGAAGAGGGCGAGGUGCAAGGCAGCUCCUGUCUCUUCUCUGCACUGAUGACCAAGUGCAUGGAGAGGAAUGUUUUUGCCCUGUGCCGAUGCAUUUCCCGCAGAAACUACCCGCCGCGAUUCGUUGCCUUGGUGCCUCAGAAAGAGGAGGUGGACGAGCACAAGGUACAGACCACGCCACCAGGUUUUAAUGUCAUUUUCCUGCCCUACGCCGAUGACGUGCGGAGUCUGGACCCACCGCAGUCGCCGUGUGCAUCGCCAGAGCAGGUGGACAAGAUGAAGGAGAUUGUCUCCAAGCUGCGCUUCAAAUACAGGAUGGAGGCUUUUGAGAAUCCAGUCAUCCAGCAACACUACAGGAACUUGGAGGCCUUGGCUCUGGAUAUGGUGGCUCCAGAUGACAUAGAGGAUCUCAUCAUGCCAAAGUUGGACCAGAUUGACCUUCGCCUGGGUACUCUCGUCCAGGAUUUUAAAGAUCUUGUCUACCCUGCAGACUACAACCCGGACAGCAAACCAGCUGCCAAACGCAAAACAGCAAGUGCUGCCGGUACAGCAGAGAAGAAGCCCAAAGUGGAGGUUUCAGAAGAUGAGCUCAGGGUCUCCGUGCAGAAGGGCACCCUGGGGAAGAUGACUGUGGCUGCGCUCAAGGAAGCCUGCAAGCAGUUUGGCAUUCGCACCACCGGCACCAGGAAGCAAGAGCUAAUAGAUGCUCUGACUGCACAGCUGGCCCCCUGAAUGCCUCACUGUGCUUUCUGUGCCGUCUGCAAACCAAGACACUCGUUUUUUUUCCACUUUUGAGGGAAUCACAAAACCUCACUUGCUUGCUAGGAGGUACAGAUGAUAUACUUUACACCAGGGGUGUCCAAACUGCAACACAUGUUUAUGUUUAAAAAUCCACAGAUAACAACCCCGAUUAUUAGCAUUAAAAAUAAAAUGUCUUAAGCUUAUGGAAUCAAACUUUAUGUUGGUAAUUCUCAAUGCUGCUAAGACAUACCGUGCUAACUUUUUUCAUUUUUUCCCUAAACCUUCUACGAAAUGUUCUGAAGUGGUCCGUCUUUCAUUUUAGUCUUAAAAUAUACCAUAAAAAAGCCAUAAAUGACCCCAAGGUGGUGGCAGUUUGGACACCCAUGCUGGUUGUCUUUGUGUUUAACCCACAGUAAGAAAAAUUAUUUUGCAAAAAUAAAACCCAGAAUUCCA